AAAAAAAAAAAAAAAAAAAACCCAAAAAAAAAAAGAGAGAAAGAAUGGGUAUCGCUAGUCGAGUGUUGCUCGUCUUCCCAAGACCCUCUCUUAACACUGCUCCUCUGCGAUUCAAAUCAGUCACAGCUCCGUACUCUUCGUCACCUACCGCCACUUCUAGGCUUUCUCGUAUGGCCACGGAGGCCACGCCAUCGUCUUCGUCCUCUUCUUCCGUCACCGCCGGUCACGGUAUCAACUCUCCCGCGAAUGGCGAGACAGUUUCCUCCCCCGCUUCCUCUGCCAUCGAUUUUCUCUUUCUCUGCCACAGCCUCAAGACAACAAAAAGAGCUGGAUGGUUACGGAAGGAAAUUAAGGAUCCGGAAUCUAUAGCUGAUCACAUGUAUCGAAUGGGAUUGAUGGCUCUCAUUGCUCCGGAUAUUCCUGGUGUCCAACGUGACAAGUGUGUAAAAAUGGCAAUUGUUCAUGAUAUUGCAGAAGCCAUUGUUGGGGACAUUACCCCUGCAGAUGGGAUUUCAAAGGCGGAAAAGAGUCGACGAGAACGGGAAGCAUUGGACCACAUGUGUAAAUUACUGGGUGGAGGAUCAAGAGCCCAGGAAAUAGGUGAGUUGUGGUUGGAGUAUGAGGAGAAUUCUUCACCAGAAGCUAAAAUUGUGAAGGACCUUGACAAGGUGGAGAUGAUACUACAAGCCUUAGAAUAUGAAAAUGAGCAAGGGAAAGAUUUGGAGGAGUUUUUCCAGUCAACCGCUGGGAAGUUUCAGACUGAAUUGGGAAAAGCUUGGGCUUUAGAGAUAACAUCAAGAAGAAGAAAAGAAGGCUGAUUUCGAUCUUAAGUUCCAAUCCUCCUCUGACUGCUCAUCUCACACCACUCAUUUUACCCAGGAGCUGGAGAACUACAAACAGAAGUGAGAGGAGGCCAGAGAGAGAGCUUGUUGCAUGACAGGAGGAAAUAUGGACUGUGCAGUCAAAGUGAAGCAUAUGGAAGAGCAGCAUAAGAAAAACAAGAAGAAAUUGAUCAACAACGGGCAUUCUCAUAUUUCAUAUUGUAGCUCUAGUCUCAGAGAUCAGACACUACUACUAGUUAAAUUUAUUUUCUUUUUUAGUGAAAAGGAGUUUAAGUGGAUGGUAACCGAAAUGACUUUUAUGUAAACACUAAUUGCAUUUAAUACAAAAUUUAUUUUGGAAAA